UGGAAAGACUUUGAGGGAAUGAAUUUGUGCCUCAACAGGAGGGAGACUUGCUGCGGCUUCUUGACCUCCGCUCUGAGGAAAACUACAAAGUUGGGACUGACUUUGUUCUUCAUCGCUCGCAGCUCUUAUAACUCGCUAUGUCCGGCGAACAGAAGGAGCCACAAGAGGCUAUGAACAUGUACUCUGUUACCCUCAGCGGCCCAGCGCCGUGGGGCUUCAGGCUGCAGGGAGGCAAAGACUUCAGCAUGCCACUCACUGUGUCAAGGCUUACACCGGGUGGAAAGGCAGCUCAGGCCGGAGUCGGGGUGGGAGACUGGGUGGUCUCCAUCUGUGACGCCAAUGCCGAGGAUAUGACCCACGUGGAAGCACAAAACAAGAUUAGAGCAGCAACAGACUCCCUUACCCUCACCCUCAGCAGAGCCCAAACCGUACAGAGUAAGGAGCAGCGCAGCCAAAGGGUGGAGAACGUGCCCUGUUUUAUCCCCAAUGACCGCAGCAAGAAGAGGCUGAUCGAGGACACCGAGGACUGGCAGCCCCGCACCGGCACCACCCAGUCUCGCUCCUUCCGCAUCCUGGCCCAGCUCACAGGCACCGACUUCAUGCAGGACCCAGAUGAUGAGAAUAUGAAGAGGUCAAGGGAAAAGUUCCUCACUGAGAUUCAGAGUCCUCGUUACGCCCGUCUGAGAGACUGGCACCACGACAGGUCCGCUCGCGCCCUCAAUAUCAAAGGCAACCAGACAGGGAACAGUAAACCAAGGUCAGCGCGGUUUGACCAGGAUGUGGCUUUCCUCGAGCCAACUCCUUCCUCUGCCAAGACCCAAGCCGCAGAUAAACCAGAUGGUUCAAAAACGGCAGCGGCGGCGGCGGGAACUUCUGGUCCCUCCUGCAGACCGCCGUGGGUCACAGACCCGAAAUUUGCUGAUCGAUACCGGCCGGACAAAACCAGUACCGUGGUGACCCAGCACCAGCAGCCAGUCCAGCCGACGCCCAUGCAGAACCGCAGCUCCAUCCUUCAGGCAGCGCAGCAGGCGCCCGAAGACAGCGGGAGGACCCCGGUGUGUGGCGCCUGCAACAAAAUCAUCAGGGGUCGGUACCUGGUGGCAUUGGGGCGUUCCUGGCACCCUGAGGAGUUCACAUGCUCCCAGUGUAAGGCGGUCCUGGAGGAGGGCGGCUUCUUUGAGGAAAGGGGCUCCGUCUACUGCACAAAGUGCCACGAUAACCGCUACGCACCCAACUGUGCCAAGUGCAAGAAGAUAAUAACAGGGGAAAUCAUGCACGCCCUGAAGAUGACCUACCACGUUCAGUGUUUCAAGUGUGCAGCCUGUAAGAAUCCCAUCAGGAACCAGGCCUUCUACAUGGAGGAGGGCGAGCCUUACUGUGAGAGAGACUACGAAAAGAUGUUCGGUACCAAAUGCCAUGGCUGUGACUUCAAGAUUGAUGCCGGCGAUCGCUUUCUGGAGGCCUUGGGCUACAGCUGGCAUGACACGUGCUUCGUCUGUGCUCUCUGCCAAAUCAACCUGGAGGGGAAGACGUUCUACUCGAAAAAGGAUAAGCCCCUGUGCAAAGGCCACGCUUUUGCUCCGGUGUAAGAGAGCCGACUACACCUUCAGAGGAAGCAACGCAUCUCCCACCACCUCCUCUUUAUCCCACCCCGCCCUCUGACAAACUCCACAUCCUGUCUUUGCCAGCCACACACACGGAGUUGAGCGCAAGCUUCUUUUCUAUCCCGCAGACUUUGUUUUUAUACGCCGAGCUCAACGCCAGCUUCACAUACAGUCCACCUCACUGCCUGCAAAGACAAAAGCUGCACUGCAAAACUGGAAGUAAGCAAAGAAUUAUUUCAACUCCGUGACUACUUGAUUUUUAUCUAAAAAUGGAAAAGGUCGCUCUUGUUUUUUAUCGAGAUUCAUUGCAAUCAUCCUCAAUCUCUCUGUAGUGACAUCGGUGGUUUAAAGGAGUCAGUGAGCCUGUAGUAAUCGCACACCUGCAGUGCCCUUUAAUGUGAUGGGAAGCAGUCAGGCAGCAAAGGGGGGCUGCUGCUUUCUGCCUGAUUGGACCGAACCACCAGCCCUUCCAAGAAGCGUGGAGUGGUGCAGGUUCCACCUCAGUGCUGACGAGUCGGAGCUCGUAGUUUAGAAUGUUUGAUGGGGAAAUCCUUAAUUGGUCACAUUUUAAAAUAUCACAGAUGUGUUUUAUGGAAAUCCUCCAUAAUGUAAAGAAAUUCCUCUUUUCACAUUUCCAAGCCAAAAACUGAAUCAAACUCAAAUUUUUCAUUGUGACAUAAUAUCAUGACACCUCAUUGCUGUAGCUCCGUACCGUGUAUUUAAACUGCUUCAGAUCUGGGCUGUGUGUGUUUAUAGCUUACAUUUUCAAAUAAAACUAUUUACUUAACCCACG